GUCCCUCUUCCUCUUCCACACUCACUCCCUCUCUAACUUUAAUUAAAAUCGAAGUUAGUAAAAUUAUAGUAACAAAAAUAUAAGUAACCAACGACGAUGUUCCACCGAAGAAAAAAGGAGCAUAGUACCUUGCCACUCUCCAACAACACAGAAACACCAACAACAAUGCCUCCUACGAAUUACACUUCAACUUUCCUCAGAAACCGAACACCACCCUUCAAAUCCUUCCUCUUCGUUCUAUCUCUUCUCCUUAAUAUUUACCUCCUCCUCGUCCUGUGGGCCCCAUCCUCUUCCACGUUACCCCCAACCACUCUCAUCUCACGCCUCUCCCCAACCACGCGCCGCCACGUCAUCUUCGCCAUCGCGUCCUCCUCACUCUCCUGGCCGCGUCGCUUACCCUACUUACGCCUCUGGUACUCCCCCAACACCACGCGCGCCUUCGCGUUUCUCGACGCGCUGCCUUUGAAUUCCUCCUCCGGUUCUUCUUCGCCGCCGGUGGUGAUCUCCGGCGAUACCGCCGGGUUUCCGUACACGUUCCGGGGAGGGCUCCGGUCGGCGAUACGCGUGGCGCGCGUGGUGAAGGAGGUGGUGGAUCGGAAUGAGUCGCACGUGCGGUGGUUUGUGUUCGGAGAUGAUGACACCGUGUUCUUCGUGGAUAACGUGGUGAGGAUGCUGGCGAAGUACGACCACGAACGGUGGUUCUACGUUGGGAGCAAUUCGGAGAGCUACGAUCAGAACGUGAAGUACUCGUUUGAGAUGGCGUUUGGAGGUGGGGGUUUCGCGAUCAGUUACUCGCUCGCGAGGGUUUUAGCUAGGGUUUUGGAUUCGUGUUUGAGGAGGUAUGGGCAUUUGUAUGGUAGCGAUUCAAGGAUUUAUUCUUGCCUCGCUGAGCUUGGUGUUGGAUUAACCCAUGAGCCUGGUUUUCAUCAGUUAGAUAUGCGAGGGAAUUUGUUUGGGAUGCUGGCUGCACAUCCUUUAUCUCCUUUGCUGUCCCUUCAUCACUUGGAUGCGGUGGAGCCCCUCUUUCCGAACAUGGACAGAGUACAAGCUUUGGAACAUCUUAUUGCAGCUGCAAAUAUAGAUCCUGCCAGGAUCCUGCAGCAAACUGUCUGCUAUGAUCGAUCCAAUUCUUUGACUUUCUCGGUUUCUUGGGGUUUUGCUAUCCAGGUUUAUCAAGGAAAUGAACUUUUACCUGACCUCCUUUCACUGCAGAGAACUUUUGUGCCAUGGAGGAGGGGUAGUAAAGUUGAUCCGAAUUUUAUGUUUAACACAAGAGACUAUCCUAGAGAUCCUUGCAAAAGGCCUUCUGUAUUUUUUCUGAAAAGUGUUACAUCUGAUAAAGGGGGCAUUUGGAGCAAUUACAGCAGGCAUGUUGGAAACUGCUUUGAAUCAAAUGCUACGCAGAUCAAGCUGAUCAUAGUAUUUUCAAGGAAGCUGGAGAUGAAAGCCCUACGUCGUCAGUGCUGCGAUGUUUUGCCAUCUUCUAAUGAUACAAUCAGUCUUCAUAUUAGACAGUGUGAAAUCGACGAACUGAUCUCCAUGCAAUCGUAGCAUUCUUUAGGGAGUGGCCUUCCUUCAAAGCACUGAAAUUUUCAUGAGCUGUGAAUGUCCAAGCUAAAGCUGAUAUGAGGCAGAUACUUCUUCUUUUAGUAGAGAAAAAUCCUUCUCCAUUUUUCUAGAAGAAGAAUGAUCAGAAGAUAGCGACAAGAUAUUACUGGUGAUCAACCUCUCACAGACGGAUUUUUCGUUGGAAAAGUGAUCAAUCUGUCACAAUUUGCCUCAAUUGCCAGGCUUGUUUUAUUUGCUUUUUCAAACGGUUUAUUGCUCAGCAAUUGUACAUAAUAUUACACGUUUUCUCCAAUAUUUUUAUGGAAUGAAGUAUGAAAGCGAUUUACUUUGGAGCGAGAAACUGGACGUCUCCUAUUAUAAAGUUAAAUUUUUUUC